AACUGGAACCAGUGAAGUUGUCCGCCUGCUCGCUGUGUUGUGUUGAUUUCUAGAGAGAGAAGACUCGUUUGGAUUAACCUAAACUGCCUGCCCCCUCAAGAGUCACAGUGUCUUGUUUCACUCCUUAACACAAAAGUCGAAGAGAUAAAGUGGCAGCCUCCGAGCUGAGUCAGUCAAUGGGAAUAAUCUAACAAUGUUUAGCUUUGAGGGAGAUUUCAAGACAAGACCCAAGGUGUCACUUGGAGGAGCGAGUAAAAAGGAGGAGAAGGCCUCUCUGCUGCACCGCACUCAGGAAGAAAGACGGAAAAGAGAGGAUGAAAGAAAACGGCUGAAGAACGCCAUCAUCAUUCAGUCCUACAUACGUGGCUACCAGGACUUGAAACGACAGUAUGCCACUCAGAGAGCCCAGUUUGAUGAGCGUGUCAGCCAGACUCUGGCAGGGGGAGUUCAGCACGCGUUGGAUGGUCCUAGUCUCUGCCUUUUAUCAAGACAACUCAUAUUUUUCUACAGACAGAGUGUGGAUGCACAUAGAUUGAUAUGGUUAUGCCAGAACCUGGUGAAACUCAACAGUCAGUUUGUGAAGCUGCUGGUGGGCCCACAGACAAACAUGAGACAAACAUGUAUGUUUCAGAUCAAGCGGAUCUUAGGCUUCUGCUGCAGAUUCCUACAGAACUGCAAGGACGACAGUUUAAAUGUGUCGGUCCCCAUGCGGAUGCUAGAAAUCUUUUCUUCAGAGAAAACCUAUCUUCCCGUUAUUCCAGAUGCUAACUAUGUAGCUUCAUUACUCGAGCAGAUUUUGCACUAUAUGGUACAGAAAGGAUACUACAGGUCGCUGUACAUUCUCGUGAAUCACAGACUCCCUUCCAGUCUGGAGUACAGCGACGCUCCCUCUGUCCCUCUAGCAAGCACACUGUUGGAGCACAUCCUCAAACCUCUGCACUUUACCUACUCCUCCUGCACAACAGGCGCAAGGCAGUUUGUAUUUUCAGCCUUUACUGAGGAGUUUAUCUCUGCGCCGUUCACCGAGCAGAUCUUUCACUUCUUUAUCCCGGCGCUGUCCGACGUUCGUCUCUCAUUCCCGUUCGAGGCCUUCCUGAGCUCCCUGAAAGACACCAUCGGCUCCUCCUCGGCACCGCAGAACCAGGCGCCGUGGGUGUUUUACUUUGUCCUCUCUGCAGGGGAGAACUGCUUAGGUUCACUAUCAGAGGAGGGUCUCCUGCUGUACCUUCGGGCUCUGCAGACGCUGCUGCCGCUGUUGCCGGUGUCAGAGAGCAGCAACAGGCCUGAAGUUGGCAGCGACUCGGAGGACGAGGAUGACACUGGAAUCCAUCCACCUCCCAUGCAGGACGACAGCAGAAUUUCCGUGCAGCUGAUCACAGAGGAGUGCGUCCACAAACUGGACACGAAGCACCAGACUAACGCCCUGCUGAACCUGGUGUGGCGAGAUUCAGCCAGCGAGGACGUUUUCACCAUGAUGGCGUCCAUAUGUCACACGCUCAUGGUCCAGCAUCGCCUCAUGGUGCCGAAAGUCAGACUUCUGUACAGUUUAGCUUUCAAUGCACGUUUCCUGAGGCAUCUCUGGCACCUGAUAACUUCCAUGACGACCAAAAUGAUCACCGGCUCCAUGGUGCCACUGUUGCAGCUGAUCUCGCGAGGAUCUCCCAUGACGUUCGAGGACUCCAACCGCAUCAUUCCUCUCUUCUAUCUCUUCAGCUCUCUCUUCAGCCACUCGCUCAUCUCUGUGCACGACAGCGAGUUUUUCGGUCAAAUGGAAAUGGAAGGUCAGACGCAGUCCACCAUGAUGCCCUUCACGCUGUCAGAGCUGGUGACUCUGUCUCGCUGUCUGAGGGACGCAUGCCUGGGAAUCAUCAAGCUGGCCUACCCCGAGACCAAAACAGAGCACCGCGAGGAGUACAUGGCCGCCUUCCGCAGUGUGGGCGUCAAGACGAACACCGAGGUUCAGCAGCGCAUCCAGGCCGAGCAGAAACGCUGGGUGCAGCUCUUCAAGGUCAUCACUAACUUGGUGAAGAUGGUGAAAGCUCGCGACAUCAGACGACCCUUCUGUCCAGCAGGUCACUGGCUCUCGCAGGAGGUCAACAUCCGAGCAGAUAAGGUCACCCAGUUGUACGUCCCGUCUGCAAGACACGUGUGGAGGACGAGAAGGAUGGGCCGCAUUGGGCCGCUUCAGUCCACACUUGAUGUUGGUUUAGAGCCUCCGCAGCUGUCUGUGUCUGAAGAGAGACAUCUGGCCAUCCUCACCGAGCUCCCUUUCGUGGUUCCCUUCGAGGAGCGAGUCAAGAUCUUCCAGAGGUUAAUCUAUGCUGACAAACGGGACGUGCAGGGGGAUGGGCCAUUCCCCGAUGGCAUUAAUGUCACCAUCAGACGCAACUACAUCUAUGAAGAUGCGUACGAUAAACUCUCUCCAGAAAACGAACCGGACCUGAAGAAACGGAUUCGGGUCCAUCUGCUGAACGCUCACGGCCUGGACGAGGCUGGCAUUGACGGCGGGGGCAUCUUCCGCGAGUUUCUCAAUGAGCUCCUCAAAUCCGGCUUCAAUCCCAACCAGGGCUUCUUCAAGACGACCAAUGAGGGCCUGCUGUAUCCCAGCCCCGCCGCGGAGAUGCUGAACGGAGACUCCUUCACGAGGCAUUACUACUUUCUAGGCAGGAUCCUCGGAAAGGCGCUGUAUGAGAACAUGUUGGUGGAGUUGCCCUUCGCCAGCUUCUUCCUGUCCAAACUUUUGGGAACCAGCGCGGACGUGGACAUCCAUCACCUGGCGUCGCUGGACCCGGAGAUGUACCGCAACCUUCUCUUCCUCAAGAGCUACGAGGGCGACGUGGAGGAGCUGGGCCUCAACUUCACGGUGGUCAACAAUGAUCUGGGAGAGGCUCAGGUGGUUGAGCUGAAGUUGGGAGGCAAAGACAUUCCUGUGACCACGGCAAACCGGAUAGCCUACAUCCAUUUGGUGGCUGACUACAGACUGAACAAGCAGAUCAGGCCUCACUGCCUGGCCUUCAGACAGGGCCUGGCCAACGUGGUCAACCUGGAGUGGCUGCGCAUGUUUGACCAGCAGGAAAUCCAGGUGCUGAUAUCUGGGGCUCAUGUGCCAAUUUCUCUUGAUGACCUGAAAAAGUUCACAAACUACUCAGGCGGGUACUCUGCCAAUCACCCCGUCAUCCAGAUCUUUUGGGAAGUGGUCGAAGGCUUCACAGACGAGGAGAAGCGCAAGCUCCUGAAGUUUGUCACCAGCUGCUCCAGACCUCCGCUGCUGGGCUUCAAGGAGCUUUACCCGGUCUUCUGCAUCCACAACGGCGGCACCGACCUGGAGCGCCUGCCCACCGCCAGCACCUGCAUGAACCUGCUCAAGCUCCCGGAGUUCUGCGACCAGCACCUGAUGAGGAACAAGCUGUUGUACGCCAUCGAGUCGUCCGCCGGGUUCGAGCUGAGCUGAGGAGGGCGAAAGGCUUCCCUGUCCCUGCAUCCGUGGACUCGACAUGGCUUGGGAGAAAAAGACUUGAGAUAAAGAGAGAGAGAGAAAAAAAAGAGAUAGGAGGGAAAGAAAAUGAUGCACUGACCUGUCUGAUUUACUGUGUUUAUGUGUGUGCGCGUGUGUGUUUGUAUGAGUGUGUGCCAAGCCGUGGGUUAGGAAAUUAUUACCCACAGACUGAGGAAGAAGGUGUGCACGGGGGUAGGAAGCCUUUUUUUUUUUUUUUUUUUUAAAUCCUUGUUGCUUUUAAGUAAUUUAAAUGUUGAAUCAUUUGUCAUUUCAGAAGAAAACAGUCAAAUAUUUUGCAGGAAAUACAACGCAAGAGUAAAAAAAACAAAAAAACAAAACAGCUGCUCCUUGUGUAAGUCAAACAUGAACGGAGAGUUAUUUUUCACCAAAGAUUAAGUGGCAUCGUCUUUAAUUAAAAAAACAAAAAAAAACAAACAGGCAAUAUUACAGACCAGACCAGACGGGGACAGACUGUAGGACUCUAAAGCCACCUUGUGGUGUGCCAAGGGCUGCGGAGGUGGGGGAGCUUUUCUGUACAGCUAUCAUGUAUUUUCAUGUCGAACUCCAGAUUUUUUCGAUUUCUCCAGUGAUUAUUAAUACUAGUAAUAAUUGUCACGUCCGAUAACCAUACUGUAAGUGUGCACACGCCAUCCCUGAAGUGUGUAAAUGGCUUAUAUUUGCCGGAUUUGGAAGAAAAAGUAUUAUAUGAUUAUGGAUUUGUGAAUAUGUACAUGUUUACAACUACUCUUGUAUUAUUCAUUUAUUCAGUAUUUGUACAGGGUUUUUUUUUUUCUCUCUUUCCUUCGUGUGAUGAUUGAAGGCCUCGUGUAUUCACACAUGCUCGCUAAAGGUGAACAAUCUCUUCCCUGGUCAGCGCCCUGAAGUUUCUUUCUAAGGCUUCGAUGAUCAGUGUACCAACAGGGUGAAAAAAAAACUAGUAUGGAAAUGAAUAAACCCAUUUUUCUUUUUGCA